AGCUCCUGCUGCUGCUGGGGUUCUACAGUCUGGCUCCCUGCUCAUAAGUCACCUGCAAGCCUGGUGCAGCCCGGGGAGCACGUUAGGAUGAGUGUGGCUUUCUCAACCCUUCAACCAGUGGAAGAAAAGCAGCUUGGGAUGGUGUCGGACAUGGCUAUGGAUGACCUCAGGCCACUGGCCGAUAUGAGCUACACCAUAAUUGAGCAUUGCAUUAAGAAGGAAGAAGAUGACCUAGGGAAAUUUGUUGACUUGGACUUUAUAUUGGCUCACACCAGCAGCAACCAGAAUGGCGGCACCCCGGUAGGACAUGGUGGCACCUACCCAUUGCCUGAGACCCCUGAGAGCUGCAGUACCACCUAUGACAGUGAUGGAUCCUACACUGCCAACCACAAAUAUGGAGGAGGGAGCUUUGCUGGGAGCCCCCAUCAUAGUUAUGUGGCGGAGCUGCUGACCCCCGAUGUUCCCUGUAUAGAUGUGAACCCUGAUUUUGGACUAAAGGCUAGCAUGCACAGCAGGAAGUACACGGAGCUGCGAGUAUCUGGCAUGGACACCCCUGGGCAUUUGCCAGCGGACCACCUACAGCACCUGAGCCAUAAGAUUAAAAAGGAGCGACCUGAGCAGUCGUGUAUGUUGGGCUCCAGCUCCCCCACUUCCCCAGACUGUAUUAGCCCCAUUAUGGAGCAGAAAGCUAGCAUCAUGCAGAUGCACGGCCAACUCCUUCCCAACCCUGCCUAUUCCCAGCACAGGGUGAGCCCCCCAGUGCCCACAGAGGAAAUGUCCCCCAAUGACUGCCACAUGAUCCCAGAGCUGCACUGCCUUCCCCUCAUGCCAAUGGCACAGCACUACCCAAUAGCCACCCCCUACCCCACUCAUUUUGCCAGCCAGCCCCCCGCACAGUUCCAUGGACAAUUUGGAGUUUACAGAGACCCCAUGAAGGUUCACCCCGCUAUGCAUGGAAUGAUUGUCACCCCUCCCUCAUCCCCCUUGCUCGAGUAUUACCCCGCCAUGAGUGCCACGGAUGACUGCAAACCCAAGAGGGGCCGGAGAUCGUGGGCCAGAAAAAGAACUGCCACUCACAACUGCGAGUACCCGGGCUGCGGCAAAACCUACACCAAGAGCUCCCACCUGAAGGCUCAUAUGCGAACUCAUACAGGAGAGAAACCUUAUCACUGUAACUGGGAGGGCUGUGGAUGGAAGUUCGCAAGAUCGGACGAACUGACGCGUCACUUUCGCAAGCAUACGGGUCACCGACCCUUCCAGUGCCACCUGUGUGAGAGAGCCUUUUCCCGAUCUGACCAUCUGGCCCUGCACAUGAAGAGACACAUGUAAAGAGAGAGCACCUUGUACAAGCUCACAGUAAUAUAUUCAACUCAAAGACUAUUUAUAAAGAAGAAAUAUUUUCUUACUGGGGGGAUGUUUAUGUAUAUACAGCCUUGUAUAAUGUAGUAUUUAAGAAUCGAACCUGAUCGCCAGGUGAAUAUGCGGUAACCAGAUAUAUAUAAAUAUAUUAUUUAAAGAGAAAGCAAGAUCGCUAUAUGUAAAGGGGGGUUGGUUACUCGGCAUUUGUACAAUAUUUGUAAUUUAGCUUACUUGCGUUUUGGUAAGGUGAAUUGAAGUUCUUGGUUGCCCUGGAAUGUUGCAGCUAUUCUAUUACAGAUAUUUUUUACUAUUUUUGUUGUUGUAAAAUUGAACUGAAAUGUUCCAGAGAAGCCCCGUGCUCUUAAAUGAGAAGUGCAAUUUUAAUUCAGUUUGACAUGCCUAUUAUUUUUACAAAUUAAAUGGAGAGAAACAGCGACAUCUAAUGGACAAUCGAUGCACUAUAUGAAUGGAAGUUCGGCAGUUAGUCCAAAGUACUUUUUUCUGUAUAUAGCAUUUAAAAAAUUGGCCAUUUUGCAGGGUCUAAUGUUUUUAUACUUUACAAAACUUUGUAUAUAUAUUUUUUUAAAUACAUAAAUUUCUGCUAGCAUUGUUUUGAUCCCUUUGGAAGGGAUAUAAAACUAUUUGGUACUUGCGAAAAUUGUAAAUAGUUGUAUAAUAAAACUCAUUAUUUGCCAAAUUAAA